AAGAGAGUGAAAGAUGGUGAAGGCGAAGAAGCUGGAGUGAGUCUUGCGGCCGUCACCCCUGACGACUCUGUUCUAGCCCCAGCCACAGCCCCCGAUACCUCGGUUAUAGCAGAUGUAUCCACACUUAAUCAGGAACCGGAUUUAGAUGGUGAUAGAAGUGAUCAGGUAGAAUUAGAGGCAUCGCAGGUUGAUGAAGAGCUUAUUCAGAACCUGACUCAGCAAACACCAUCGCAGUGGAUGGACGUGAGUGACGUAGACCUUUUGAACGUGAUGGCAGGGCUGGCAGACGGCUCCCAGGUAGUCUCUCCGGAGGACAGUGAUGCCAUCCUGUCCACCCAGAGGCCCUCAGGUACUGAUUGAUGGUGUUGCGUGAUAGAUAACUUUGAGAUUUGUUUUACGGAUAAUUUUCAUUAUUUUUUUUUUUACUUUCUUAAUUCUCAUUCACGUGUUUCAGCUUCUUUUGUUAUGUUAUUGAUUUUAAUAAGGGCUUCA